AUGUUCUGCAUCAUUAUCAUACCAGUCUCCAAGGUGGGCAUCAAGGGAUCGGUCGCACUUACGAUCGGAUCCGGGAUCAUUUUCGCUGGAGAGGGUUGUACCGAAAGAUAUGUCGGUGAGUGUGUGGAUUGUGAGACUGGAAAAGGGCGACCCCGAAUCCAGAGCGAGUCGCCGGGUAAUCUUCAAGCGACUUAUCCAUUCCAGAUCAUCGCUAUGGACCACAUCCCCUCAUUGCCCAGAUCCUAUAAAGGUAAUACUGAGCUGCUGAUCUUCGAAGAUCUCUUCUCCGGAUAUGUGAUUGCCAAGGCGAGCGGAUCCAGGACGGCUCAGACCGUGGCAGAAUCCUAUGAGGAAUGUGUGUUUCGCCGAUUUGGUGCUAGUGAGGUGAUCCGCCACGAUCGUGAACCCGGAUUUAUGUCCGAUUUCUUUCGUGCGUUUAACAAGAUCCUGGAUCAGCGUCAACGUGCAACAAUGGCGUAUAGGCCCCAGACAAACGGAUUGGUACAGACUACCACAAGGGCACUUAAGAUGUAUGUCCAAGAUCUGGAUCAGCGAGAUUGGGACGAGUAUGUGGAGGUCGGAUCCCGAGUGUGGUUAUACUUGGAUCGGGUGCGAGAGGGAAAUGCCAUGAAGCUUGCGCAUCUGUGGCAUGGCCCCUUCCGUGUGGCCGAGAAGAUCGGCGAUUAUGCAGUAAAACUUGAGAUCGCCGGAUCCGCAUACUAUAUCUUCCCCAUAGUACAUGUGGCGAAGAUCAAACCUGUCAGAGGAUUUCUGGAUCGGCCGGUAAUACGACUUGUGACGCAAGAUCAAGAUCGCCUGGAUUUCGACGAAGCACCCUUCCCAGAGAUAGCUGGAUCCAAGAUCGCGAUCCGGACGAGUAUGAUGUCGAGAAGAUCUCGGACAUGA